UCCGGCCGGUCGUUGUUUGCGGAGGGACUCUGCUGGCAGGAGAAGGGAAGGCUCUGUGAGAAGAGGGGAGAAGGGCUGGCCAUGGAGGACCAGUGUUGCCCUCGCUGCAAGACCACCAAGUACAGGAACCCCUCCCUCAAGCUGAUGGUCAACGUCUGCGGGCACACGCUCUGCGAGAACUGUGUGGAGCUGUUGUUUGUCCGUGGGGCCGGGAACUGCCAGGAGUGUAACACCCCUUUGCGGAAGAGCAACUUCAGAGUGCAACUCUUUGAGGACCCAGCUGUUGACAAGGAGGUGGAAAUCCGGAAGAAGGUGUUGAAAAUAUACAAUAAAAGAGAGGAUGACUUUCCCAGUCUCAUGGAAUAUAAUGAUUUCCUGGAAGAAGUCGAAGAAAUCGUGUUCAACUUGACCAACAGCAUUGAUUUAGAGAAUACAAAAAAGAAGAUGGAGAUGUACCAAAAAGAAAACAAGGAAGUCAUUCAGAAAAAUAAAAUCAAACUGUCUAGAGAGCAGGAGGAGCUGGAGGAGGCCUUGGAGGUGGAACGCCAGGAGAAUGAGCAGAGGCGGUUUCUAAUACAGAAGGAGGAGCAAAUGCAACAGAUGCUGAAAAGGAAGAACAAACAGGAGUUGCUGGAUAAAUUGGAAAGUUCUCAUCUGCCUGCCUCUUUGCUGUUAGCCCAGCACAAAGACCGGUCUUCGCAACUAGAAAUGCAGCUAGAGAUUCCGAAACCUGUCAAGCCGGUUGCAUUUUCAACGGGUAUCAAAAUGGGUCAGCAUAUUUCAUUAGCUCCUGCUCCGAAGAUGGAGGAAGUGCUCUAUGAAUAUAUGCCGCUGCAUAUAGAGACCUAUGGGCCACAGGUUCCAGAGCUUGAAUUACUUGGGAAAUUAGGGUAUCUAAACCACGUCCGAGCCGCCUCCCCGCAGGAUCUGGCUGGUGGCUACACUUCCUCCCUGGCCUGUCAUCGAGCCCUUCAAGAUGCCUUCAGCGGGCUGUUUUGGCAUCCCGGCUAACUUGGGACUGAGCAACCCAGACCGGAGUGGAGCAAGCGAAGCAAAACCUCAGGUGAAAAUUGCUGCCGUCUGCACUAUGGCUGAGCUGCCGUCAUCUUUCUAUCUCCCCCCUUUUUUAAAAAAGUUGUGAAGCCAGCUGUGUUUAAGUAUUAAAAAAAGACCUCACUGGACAGAAACGUGCUUUAAAAA